AAAACUAUACUUGUGCACCAGGUCUUGGUGUAUUCGAAAUGGUGGUGAAUCCUUUGAACUAUUCAAACGCUAUGGUUGCGUGUGAAGACGUCGGCGGCCACCUCGCUAAUGUCGUAUCCGAUUCUCGGACUUCAUUUUUGGCCACGUUGGUGUCGUCAGAUUUGAAAAAUAAUCCCCCCAGAAAUCGCAAAGCAUUUGUUGGAUUAUUCUUCGAAAACGGCUUUGUAACGAUCACAGGUGAACCGUUGAAUUGUUUGCCGUUUAGGGCGUGGGCGCCUGGUCAUCCAAAAACUAGUAGUUCGAGAAAAGAGUGUGUAGUUCUAGCAGGCAACAGGUACUGGGAAACAGAGGACUGUUCGAAGAGGUUGCCUUUCAUUUGCGAACUCGUGCCGGAUGGUCCGCUGAGCCCUGUGGAACGAUAUUGUGCACCGAUAAACAACACCAAACGUAGAAAAAAUUGUAUUUUACGUAACCACAAUCAAUUUGAACAAAUAGAGCAAACAAAACAACAAUGCAAUGGUAAUAUCAACACAAACAAAUCUGAAGCCAUUAAUGACAACAAUUAAGUUUUGAUAG